UGCCCAGAGACUUAGCGACAGACAGACGCUGGGACCCACGACGACUGAAGGCGCCGAUGGCCGCGCCUGCUGAGCCCUGCGCGGGGCAGGGGGUCUGGAACCAGACAGAGUCUGAACCUGCUGCCACCAGCCUGCUGAGCCUGUGUUUCCUGAGAACAGCAGGGGUCUGGGUGCCCCCCAUGUACCUCUGGGUCCUUGGUCCCAUCUACCUCCUCUUCAUCCACCACCAUGGCCGGGGUUACCUCCGGAUGUCCCCACUCUUCAAAGCCAAGAUGGUGCUUGGGUUCGCCCUCAUAGUCCUGUGUACCUCCAGCGUGGCUGUCGCUCUUUGGAAAAUCCAACAAGGAACGUCUGAGGCCCCGGAAUUCCUCAUUCACCCUACCGUGUGGCUCACCACGAUGAGCUUCGCCGUGUUCCUGAUUCACACCGAGAGGAAAAAGGGAGUCCAGUCAUCUGGAGUGCUGUUUGGGUACUGGCUUCUCUGCUUUGUCUUCCCAGCUACCAGCGCUGCCCAGCAGGCCUCCGGAGCGGGCUUCCAGAGUGACCCUGUCCGCCACCUGUCCACCUACCUAUGCCUGUCUCUGGUGGUGGCACAGUUUGUGCUUUCCUGCUUGGCGGAUCAACCCCCCUUCUUCCCUGAAGACCCCCAGCAACACCUGUCCUGUCCAGAGGCUGGGGCAUCCUUCCCCUCCAAAGCCAUGUUCUGGUGGGUUUCUGGGCUGGUCUGGAGGGGCUACAGGAGGCCACUGAGACCAAAAGACCUCUGGUCGCUUGGGAAGGAAAACUCCUCAGAAGAACUUGUUUCCCGGCUUGAAAAGGCGUGGAUGAGGAACCGCAGCGCAGCCGGGAGGCACACCAAGGCAACAACAUUUAAAAGGAAAGGCAGCAGUGACAUGGAGGCUCCAGAUACUGAGCCGUUCCUACGGCAAGAAGGGAGCCAGUGGGGCCCACUGCUGAAGGCCAUCUGGCAGGUGUUCCAUUCUACCUUCCUCCUGGGGACCCUCAGCCUCGUCAUCAGUGAUGUCUUCAGGUUCACUGUCCCCAAGCUGCUCAGCCUUUUCCUGGAGUUCAUUGGUGAUCCCAAGCCUCCAGCCUGGAAGGGCUACCUCCUCGCCGUGCUGAUGUUCCUCUCGGCCUGCCUGCAAACGCUGUUUGAGCAGCAGAACAUGUACAGGCUCAAGGUGCUGCAGAUGAGGCUGCGGUCGGCCAUCACUGGCCUGGUGUACAGAAAGGUCCUGGCUCUGUCCAGUGGCUCCAGAAAGGCCAGUGCGGUGGGUGAUGUGGUCAACCUGGUGUCCGUGGAUGUGCAGCGGCUGACUGAGAGCAUCCUCUACCUCAACGGGCUGUGGCUGCCUCUUGUCUGGAUCGUGGUCUGCUUCGUCUAUCUCUGGCAGCUCCUGGGCCCCUCUGCCCUCACUGCCAUCGCCGUCUUCCUGAGCCUCCUCCCUCUGAAUUUCUUCAUCACCAAGAAGAGGAACCACCAUCAGGAAGAGCAAAUGAGGCAGAAGGACUUGCGGGCACGGCUCACCAGCUCCAUCCUCAGGAACUCGAAGACCAUCAAGUUCCAUGGCUGGGAGGGAGCCUUUCUGGACAGAGUCCUGGGCAUCCGAGGCCAGGAGCUGGGCGCCUUGCGGACCUCCGGCCUCCUCUUCUCUGUGUCGCUGGUGUCCUUCCAAGUGUCUACAUUUCUGGUCGCACUGGUGGUGUUUGCUGUCCACACUCUGGUGGCCGAGAAUGCUAUGGAUGCAGAGAAAGCCUUUGUGACUCUCACGGUUCUCAACAUCCUCAACAAGGCCCAGGCGUUCCUGCCCUUCUCCAUCCACUCCCUCGUCCAGGCCCGGGUGUCCUUUGACCGCCUGGUCACCUUCCUCUGCCUGGAAGAAGUUGACCCUGGUGCCGUGGACUCAAGUUCCUCUGGAAGCUCUGCCGGGAAGGAUUGCAUCACCAUACGCAAUGCCACCUUCACCUGGUCCCAGGAGAGCCCUCCCUGCCUCCACAGAAUAAACCUCACCGUGCCCCAGGGCUGUCUGUUGGCUAUUGUCGGUCCAGUGGGGGCAGGGAAGUCCUCCCUGCUGUCCGCCCUCCUUGGGGAGCUGUCAAAGGUAGACGGAUUCAUGAGCAUCAAGGGUGCUGUGGCCUACGUGCCCCAGGAGGCCUGGGUGCAGAACACCUCCGUGGUUGAGAACGUGUGCUUCGGGCAGGAGCUGGAGCCAGCCUGGCUGGAGAGAGUCCUAGAGGCCUGCGCCCUGCGGCCGGAUGUGGACAGCUUCCCUGAGGGCGUGCACACUUCAAUUGGGGAGCAGGGCAUGAAUCUCUCUGGAGGCCAGAAGCAGCGGCUGAGCCUGGCCCGGGCUGUGUACAGGAAGGCAGCUGUGUACCUGCUGGAUGACCCCCUGGCAGCCCUGGAUGCCCACGUUGGCCAGCAUGUCUUCAACCAGGUCAUCGGACCUGGUGGGCUACUCCAGGGAACAACACGGAUUCUCGUGACCCACGCACUCCACAUCCUGCCCCAGGCUGAUUGGAUCGUGGUGCUGGCAGAUGGGGCCAUCGCAGAGAUGGGUUCCUACCAGGAGCUUCUGCAGAGGAAGGGGGCCCUCAUGGGUCUUCUGGAUCAAGCCAGACAGCCAGGAGAUACAGGAGAAGGAGAAACAGAACCUGGGACCAGCACCAAGGACCCCAGAGGCUCCUCUGCAGGCAGGAGGCCCGAGCUUAGACCCGAGAGGUCCAUCAAGUCAGUCCCUGAGAAAGACCAGACCACUUCAGAAGCCCAGAUGGAGGUUCCUCUAGAUGACCCUGACAGGGCAGGAUGGCCAACAGGAAAGAACAGCAUGCAAUAUGGCAGGGUGAAGGCCACAGUGCACCUGGCCUACCUGCGUGCGGUGGGCACCCCCCUCUGCCUCUAUGCACUCUUCCUCUUCCUCUGCCAGCAAGUGGCGUCCUUCUGCCGGGGUUACUGGCUGAGCCUGUGGGCGGACGACCCCAAAGUGGGUGGGCAGCAGACGCAGGCAGCCCUGCGUGGUGGGAUCUUCGGGCUCCUCGGCUGUCUCCAAGCCAUUGGGCUGUUUGCGUCCAUGGCUGCGGUGCUCCUAGGUGGGGUCCGGGCAUCCAGGUUGCUCUUCCAGAGGCUCCUGUGGGAUGUGGUGCGAUCGCCCAUCAGCUUCUUUGAGCGGACACCCAUCGGCAACCUGCUGAACCGCUUCUCCAAGGAGACAGACACGGUUGAUGUGGACAUUCCAGACAAACUCCGGUCCCUGCUGAUGUAUGCCUUCGGACUCCUGGAGGUCAGCCUGGUGGUGGCAGUGACUACUCCACUGGCCAUUGUGGCCAUCCUGCCACUGUUUCUCCUCUACGCUGGGUUUCAGAGCCUGUAUGUGGUUAGCUCAUGCCAGCUGAGACGCUUGGAGUCAGCCAGCUACUCAUCUGUCUGCUCCCACAUGGCUGAGACGUUCCAGGGCAGCACAGUGGUCCGGGCAUUCCGAACCCAGGCCCCGUUUGUGGCUCAGAACAAUGCUCGCGUAGAUGAAAGCCAGAGGAUCAGUUUCCCGCGACUGGUGGCUGACAGGUGGCUUGCGGCCAAUGUGGAGCUCCUGGGGAAUGGCCUGGUGUUUGCGGCUGCCACGUGUGCUGUGCUGAGCAAAGCCCACCUCAGCGCCGGCCUCGUGGGCUUCUCUGUCUCUGCUGCCCUCCAGGUGACCCAGACGCUGCAGUGGGUUGUUCGCAACUGGACAGACCUAGAGAACAGCAUCGUGUCAGUGGAGCGGAUGCAGGACUAUGCCUGGACGCCCAAGGAGGCUCCCUGGAGGCUGCCCACAUGUGCAGCUCAGCCCCCCUGGCCUCAUGGCGGGCAGAUUGAGUUCCGGGACUUUGGGCUAAGAUACCGACCUGAGCUCCCGCUGGCUGUGCAGGGCGUGUCCUUCAAGAUCCACGCAGGAGAGAAGGUGAGUGGUUCUCUCACAAUGUCCUCUUCACGGACUUCAGGCCAAAGGACUCCAGGGGACCUGCCUACAGUCAGCCUGCUCAAAGACGGCAGGAAGGGGCCGCAGACCCCAUGUGUGGGGAAGCCUGAACACAGGACCUCGCUCCUGCACUGUUUCAGGGACCUGUUUCUGGGCACACCUACACAUGCCCACGAACACACAUCCCACCUAACUGUCCCAAUCGUUCCCAGCGUGGGCCAGAAACAGCUUCUGUGUCUGGCACGUGCCCUUCUCCGGAAGACCCAGAUCCUCAUCCUGGACGAGGCUACGGCCGCCGUGGACCCGGGCACGGAGCUGCAGAUGCAGGCCACGCUCGGGAGCUGGUUUGCACAGUGCACUGUGCUGCUCAUCGCGCACCGCCUGCGCUCCGUGAUGGACUGUGCCCGGGUUCUGGUCAUGGACAAGGGGCAGGUGGCAGAGAGCGGCAGUCCGGCCCAGCUGCUGGCCCAGAAGGGCCUGUUUUACAGGCUGGCCCAGGAGUCAGGCCUGGUCUGACCCAAGACCCUCACCUGUACCCCCGUCGGGCCAACCCGCAGAGCCUGCAGUGCUGGAGAUGGAAGUGACCCGGUGUCAUUGAUAACUCCACGCGACGUUCAGUCUAGACCCGUGUUUGCUCUCUGGUCUGGGAGGAAAAUGGCAGAGAAAGUGGCGGAUUAUCACGGAGCAUCAGAGCCGGAAGGACCCAGCAAUACACAGGUCUGCCCGGGCAGGGCCCAUCUCGCCCUGUCCACCCUGCAGCCCACGUCAACAGUGACUCUCAGCCCCACUGUACCCUGGACUCACGUCGGGGACUCAAGCACAUGCCCAGGCUCCCCGCUAGACCCUUAAAUCAGAAUCCCUGGGACGGGGGACUGCCAUGCUGUGUGUACUUUUUGGAAAUUAACACUUUUAUUUUGGGAUAAUCCCAGACUCACAUGCAGUUAAAGAAACAAUAAUAUAGAUUUGUGUACUUGCUACCCCGUUUCUCCCAAUGGUAACAUCUUACAAAACUCUAGUAUAGAGCAUCACGGCCAGGGCAUUGACACUGACACAACAAUCUUGCUCGAUUUCCCGUUUUACUUGUA